CUCGAGCACACAUCUGGUUUAGGCAUGGUGUUAAGGUUGGUGAUGGUAAUACUGCUGACCGACAAGCGCGCAGAAUGCAUCGCGUCCUUAAUCGACUGGAAGCCGCUGUACAGGAGAAGUGAUCGCUGGGUGUUCCCCGAUAUUUGUGGCUCAUGCGAACAAGCUGCAUUGGAGAGAGCUCUGUUCGAGCCCGCAGUAGUGGAUGGUUCCGAUAUUCGAGGCUCACGUGAACAAGGUGCAAUGGAAAGAGCUUUGUUUGAAGCCACAAGAAUGGAUGCUCCCAUUGCUACAAGCACAUCCGAGAGGGAUCAACAGGGAGAUCCUGAGCGAGAGACUGCAACCGUGGAUACUCCCGCUACUUCGCACUCAUCCGUAUCGAGUAAUGUGGUACGACAUUGGUCGUGUGCAUGAAAAUUGGAUCUGUCCAUUUGUUGAAUAAAACCUUGACGAAAUACCUUUACCGCGCUGUGGGCAUCGCGUCGAACGCCAUGGAUGACGCCACUUCUGCUACGCCAUCUCGACAAGUUUUUGUUUUGCUAUCGGUAUUUCUUGGACACGAAGUCGAUUGAUGGCUUAA